AUGAAAUUUACAAGUUUGCUUUGCCACACUAUUUUGCUUUUUGUACAUACUUGCUUUGCUGGUAAAACUCAACAACAGUCUAAGAACAAUGAGACUGUCGUUGAAAUCAAUCACAAAUGUAUUAAGUCAGAAUAUAUAAUCAAAACUUCAGGCGAAUUAGCAGCUAUUUCCAGCUGUAGUAUUCUUUCUGGAAGUGUUUGCAUUGAAAAUUUCAAUUCAGAUACUUUAUAUUUGGGACAAAUACAGGAAAUCCACGGGGACUUGAUAGUUAAGAAUUCAAGCCAAAUAAUUAAGAUGGAAGCACCAGAUUUGAGUUUUGUUGAGGGUAAACUUGAGUUGAACACUUUGAAUUCUUUAACAUACAUUUCAUUUCCAAAAUUAGAGACUGUCGAUGCGUUACAGUGGGAAGUUUUGCCCAUUUUGACUUUUGUUGAUUUAGAAGCAGGAAUCAAAAAUAUAAAUUCUGUUACAAUGGCAGAUACUUCUUUAACGGGGUUUGGGGGACUCAAUACUGAGACCCUUAGAACAUUGAACAUCAAUAAUAACAGGUUUUUAGAAAAGAUUGAAUCCACAGUAUCUAAAAUAACUGGUGAUUUAUUAAUAGCUGCAAACGCUGACAACGUUCAUGUCUCUUUGCCCAAUUUAACUACAGUGACAACCUUAACUAUUAAAGACACUGAAUCAAUUAAUAUGGAAAAUUUACAAGUAGUGGGGAAAAGUGCAGACUUUAGUCAUAAUAGUUUUCAAAAAUUGGAUUUGUCACAUUUAAGAUCUUUGGGUGAUACUUUAAGUAUCAUUAAGAAUAAAAACUUGAAUGAAGUGAAAUUGGAAAAAUUAACAGAAGUGAGUGGUGGCUUAAUUAUUAUUGAUAAUCAUGAUCUCAAUAACCUUGACUUUUUUAUUUCCUUGAAGUCGGUUGGUGGCGCAACUGAGUUUCAAGGUGACAUACAAAGUAACCAUUUCUCCAAACUUAAAGUUAUUAAAGGCAGUGCAAUACUGAAAUCUUCCAACAAAGGAUUUGAUUGUGCGGAUUGGAUGAAGAACGAAGUUGGUAAAGUUGUUAGGGGAGGGAAAGUUGAAUGCGGUAGUGGAAAAUCUAACACAACUGAAAUUUUAUUAGUUGAUGAAGACGGCAAAAGUGUACAGGGUGGAACUGUAAUAAAUGACAAUAAGGAAACUGGCUCUAGGAGUGGCUUCACUAAACAAAAAAGUGGUGCUACUACAAGCAAACUUUCUAGAAAGAUGGCCACCUUAAUAUCUAUUUACAUAAUCGGGUUUUUAAUUCAGUUGAUUUGA